CCCUUGCUCAUUUUCUCUUCUUUCUUAAGAUGAAAAAGGUGGACAUGCUUUUAUGUUGGGACGCGGCCCUACGCAAGAACAGGAAGCGCUAGUUGAACAAGCUUGGCUAGCCACUCAGUUGUACUCAGCUCGUGUAACUUGGCAUUUAACUUGGUAGCUACAAUGGGCCUUUUCGGCAGAACACCGGAUAAACCCCCAAAAGAAUUGGUAAGUAAUGUUGGUCCAAGGCAAGGAAUUUCUCUGUGAGUUUUUCUCGUAAUGAGAUAAAAAUACCAAAGCGACAUUAGCAAACUAUGCUAACAUUAGUUCAUCCAAUCUGUUACUAACUCAAAGACUGACGUAAGCCCUGCGAAAAUAAGCCUACACAAUCAAAAUCCAGCGUGAGCCUAUAUUAUAUGAGUCGUUGUCAAAGCAGUUUAUUGGUUUUAAGCAGCUUCCUCACCCUCCAGCCAGUCAUGCUUUGAUUUGUAUGAGUUAGCUUGUUAGCGAGGAAGCUAACGCUGGUCAGCUGUCAGGCGCUUCAGUGUAAACAAACCCCGAUUGUAUUGGCUUACACUGACACCAGGGCUGAACAAAAUGUGUCUUCUUGGUUAAUUUAGAGAGUUUUUCACCGAUUUGAUUAAACGGUAGAUAUAAUGUCAUGCUGAAAUGGUGUCGGAGUCGUGUGAUUGAAUUUGAACGAACUUCAACAGCAUGUUCAAGAUCCAAUUUGCCAUUUCAGCUCAGUGAGUGGACAAGAAAAAUCAAGAAAGAAAUGAGGAUGAUUGACAGACAGAUUCGAGGUAAGAUACAAAAAUGAUUUGGCUCUACUGUUAGACAUCUAAGCAAACAAUGUAGUUUUUAUUUCAAGCAUAUAUUUGUGUAUUUCAAGAAUACAUUUGUAUUGUUUUUUUAACCUGCACCAAGUGUCUCCUGAGAUAUAUAAAUAUGAUAUUUUCAGCAUAAUGGAGUAAAUGACCCAGGAUCUGAGAUUUUGAGUUUUUCUGUUUGAUUUAAAUGUGCAUCCUUUUGUUUCAGAUAUUCAAAGAGAACAGGACAAAGUGAAAAGAUCAAUCAAAGAUGCAGCCAAAAAGGGCCAGAAGGAUGUAUGUGUGGUUCUUGCAAAGGAGAUGAUUCAGUCGAAGCGAGCCAUCACAAAACUUCAUGCUUCCAAAGCCCAUAUGAACUCCGUUGUGCUCAGCAUGAACAAUCAACUUGGUGAGUUUUGGAGCAUAGCAGUAGGAAACUGAAAAAAUGUAUACAUUUAUGUCCUUUUAUAUCAUGAUUUAUUGUGUCUAAGACCUUGAAUCCUUUUUAGAAUGUUAAGUGAAGGACAUAUAUUGUAUCUUUUUAGCCGUCUUGCGUGUAGCUGGGUCAAUGCAGAAGAGUACGGAGGUUAUGAAAGCCAUGCAGAACCUCAUCAAAAUCCCAGAGAUCCAGGCCAACAUGAGAGAGCUGUCAAAGGAGAUGAUGAAGGUAAGCAGGAUCCAACAUUAACAGAUUUAUUCAGCUCAGCAGCCUGCAAGAAAACAAAUAUGGUGGCUGAGGUUACCAUCUUAUAUUGUUUCUUAAGGCAGGCAUUAUUGAAGAAAUGCUAGAGGACACAUUUGAGAGCAUGGAAGAUGGAGAGGACAUGGAAGAAGCAGCAGAGGAGGAAGUUGACAAGAUCCUCUUUGAGAUCACAGCAGGUAACGUGAUACUCAACAUACAUCAAAACCAACAUUUCUAUCUCUUUGUUGUUGUCCCUUUUCAGUAUCUUCAGUUUUACUCCAUAUAUCUUACCCUAAACCUUUGUCGCAUUGUUCUUUUCUCUUUGUUAGGUGCCCUUGGCAAGGCACCAAGCAAAGUCACAGAUGCCCUGCCUGAAAUGGAGCCAGUUGGAGCCACCGCAGCUUCUGACGAGGAGUCAGAGGAAGACAUUGAAGCAAUGCAAUCGAGAUUGGCAGCUCUGAGGAGCUAAGGUGAACUGCCACGAUCAAAUUCAGUUUGUCACCCGAAAACAAACAGAGACAAUUGUUGGUGCAGGUUCUACAGUUCUGAGCAUCCUUUCUGCUUCAUAUUAUAAUUACUAUUUCAUAUUCUUUCUGGGUUAACAUUGUGCAAUUGCAGAAACUGUCUUUUAUUAAGUUUUUUUUAAUAGAAAUGGUGUGAUUUACACAGCCGAAAGAAAAGGUGUUUUGCUUUUUGUCCUUUUAAUAUCUGGGGUAACCUCGGUAAAACUUAAGUAUCCAAAGUCAAAAAGACAGUUGAAGAAAGUGUAUAUAAUGUAAGUAUGAAAAGCCUGCUGUGCCUACAGUGCUUCAACAUGUUGUGGACUGGUGAUGGGGCAUCUUGGGUAUUAAUGAUCCAAAUAAGUGAUUAAAUAGCUGUUGAAGGAAGACACUCUUAAUUUUUAAUCAAAUCCUUCAUCAAUAAUUGGCAUUGAUGAGAUUGCUAUUAAUCUCAUAAAUUACAUUUUGUAAGAAAAGCAGUUCACUUUAUGAGUAACCAGCCCACACUAUCUGGAACACUAGAGCUGAAGGGUUAGGGUUAUAAGGUAAGGAUAUAUGGAUUUAAUUUUAUGUACUGUCAAAAUGUGUGUGUUCUAUAUGUGGUCUGACAGUCAUUGAAAAAAAUGCACGCAUACUAUCCUAACCUAUUUUUUUGCAUUAACAUUUAGCUUGUUAAAUGUUGGACUUUGUGUCACAGUUGAGUUCUGUCUCAGCAGAAGGGUGUGCAGAGGACACGAAAAAGGAUGGUUAGUGCAGGACCUAUGUGUUGUGGAAGUAUUGUGUGUAUAAUUUUUCUAUGUGCACUGGGACUGAAUAAGAAAAUAAACUUUUGAGAACAAAGGCUGCCAAAAGAAGAGUGUCUUAGACUAGUUUUCACUCUCAGUAUUGAAAACAUUCAUCUCUUCACUCUAACCACAUGAACUCUCUUUCAGGCCUUGAUCAAGAAUACGUUUUUGGGAGGGAGCCUGUUCAGCAGAUUAUAACUGAACUGAAAAUUCUGUUGGUACAAACACAUUUCUGGGUCAUCAAAAAGAUUCUGAAAUGAAACACACAGAAACACAGUAUGGUUUUACGUCUCAUAAACUGCAACAAACGAUGUUCAGGUGCCAGAGGUAUGACUAAAACUGUGUCAAAUCAUGCA